GUUUCCUCUCGGGGCCGAAGCCCCCUCUGCCCUCCGGUCCUCCUUGGCGGACAAGUGCCAUGUGCCCGCUCUGGGGAACGCCAGUUCAUCCCACGCCCCUCGCUGCUGGUCUUCCUCUCCGGAGUUCUGCCUGGCCCUGGCCCGGGUACGGAGCAAGAGAGCGUGCUCAGGGCGGACGUCCCGCCGGUGUGGGACGGUUGCUAACUAGAGUGCGUCCCAGCGCGGGAUCUGCGACACUGGCGCCCUGGCUGCUGUAGCCCUCUCCUGCUCCCUUGGUCUUCCUGGGUCAGCAUGUCACUGGUGGAGAAACACCUGGGCCAGAGCCGCAGCUACCUUGAGCGAUUGGCGUGAAUGUUUUCUUGAGGUAGAAUUCCCGAUUGAUGUGCUAUGCUUUGCAUGACUAAGACCUCUUACCAAGAAUACCUUUGCCUUCAUAUUCCUGAAGGGCAGGACGACCAUAGAAACACUGCUAAGAAGGGCUGAAGUGGCAAUGAAACAACCCAACAGGAAGAGAAAGCUUAGUAUGGACUCCAAAGAGCACUUGCAUCAAGAUGGUUGCUUGGAACAAGUUGAAGAGGAGAAGCAGGGGAGCAGUGCAACCCUUUUGAGUCACGCCCCUUCAGUGGCUACACAAGAACCCUGGUCUUGGGAGCAGUACUUGAAAGAACAGAAUGCUGUAGCAGCACCUGUUGAGCUGUUUUCCAAGGAUCAAUCCUUCCCGGAGCACGAAAAUGGUUUUCAGGUUGGCAUGAGAUUAGAAGGCAUUGAUCCCCGACAUCCAUCUGUAUUCUGUGUGCUUUCUGUAGCUGAGGUGUGUGGUUACCGGCUAAGACUUCAUUUUGAUGGAUAUUUAAGCUGCUAUGAUUUUUGGACCAAUGCUGGUUCCCCCGACAUUCAUCCAGUAGGGUGGUGUGAAAAGACCAAGCAUGAAUUGCACAUCCCUAAGGGUUAUAGAAAAGAUAAAUUUGUUUGGAUGGAUUACUUGAAGACCUGCAAAUUGCAAAAUGCUCCUAAGAAAUUAUUCAGAAACAGAAGUUCUAAUGGGCCAGUGCCUAAGGAGUUUCAGGUGGGAAUGAAGCUGGAGGCUGUGGACAGGAAGAACCCUUCCUUGGUGUGUGUGGCUACCAUAGCAGAUAUUGUGGAUGACCGCUUACGAGUGCAUUUUGACAACUGGGAUGACAGCUACGAUUACUGGUGUGAUGUUAAUAGUCCUUAUGUCCAGCCAGUUGGUUGGUGUCAGGAGAAUGGAAGAACUUUGAUAGCACCCCAAGGAUAUCCUGAUCCAGAAAAAUUUUCCUGGCCAAAAUAUCUGGAAACUACCCAAACUAAUGCAGUCCCUGCCAAAGUUUUUAGAAUGAGGUUGCCUCAUGGUUUUCUGCCAAAUAUGAAACUUGAAGUUGUGGAUAAACGAAACCCUAGGUUAAUUCGUGUUGCUACAAUUAUAGAAGUUGAUGACCAAAGAGUAAAGGUUCACUUUGAUGGUUGGGACCAUAAGUAUGACUAUUGGCAGGAGGCAGACAGCCCUGACAUUCACCCCAUUGGCUGGUGUGAUGUAACAGGACAUCCACUGGAAGUGCCACGUCGAGCAAAUGAUGUGAAAAUCCUUCCAGGUCAAGCUGUUUGUCCUACACCUGGGUGCAGAGGAAUAGGCCAUAUCCGUGGUCCACGUUAUUCAGGACAUCACAGUGCUUUUGGCUGCCCUUAUUCGGACAUGAACUUGAAAAAGGAGGCAACGCUUCAUGAUCGUCUGAGAGAACAAACACAGGCACAUUUGGAAGCAGACUCUUCACAUUCAAAAUCGAAAAAUCUCUAUAGUUUGAACUUCAAUGGAAAACAUGAAACAGUGAACAGUCAACCCAGACUUGUACAGCAGGCAAAGUGUUUGAAAAUCAAAGGAAAAGAAGAUAUUGACUUGGAUAAUCUCUUCAGAGAAUACUCAGCUGAGCAGACCCAGCAGGCCCUGCACCAAUCGGUCUUCCUGACAUCCAUGACUGCCCACCCUUCGCGGGACCUUCCCCUCGGCAGGGAGCAGCACUGCAAGCUGCUGCCAGGUGUAGCUGACAUCCAGGCCAGCCAGGUGGCCCGAUGGACAGUGGACCAGGUGGUUGAGUUUGUACAGUCUCUUCUGGGCUGUGAAGAACAUGCCAAGUGCUUCAAGAAAGAGCAGAUCGAUGGCAAAGCCUUCCUGCUUCUGACACAGACAGACAUUGUCAGAGUGAUGAAGAUCAAGCUGGGUCCGGCACUGAAGAUCUACAACUCCAUCCUGAUGUUCAGGACCUCCCAGGACCUCACAGAAGACACUGUCGCAGGCCAAGACGUCACAGGGUAAAGGUGCUUCUGAACUAGUGCCAGUGCCAGGACCUAUACUCUUCCAGCAAUAAACUGGCACCCAUAAAUUUGAUUUUAUUGUCCCCAUGGUCAUAUCCAUAUUUAAUCUGGACCCUUUCAAGUGUCUGUGGUUCAUGUGUAGAGGAUUUCGAAGAGUGAUGGAGUGCCAGAGACUCAGAGGCUCAGGCACAAGUGUGGGUUUAUGGAGUGGUUAUCUUUGGUGGGAUCUUUUCUGCUCCGAUGUGUUGCAACAAACAGACCAAAGAAGCCCACACAUACAUCUAUGUCCCUCCCUCACCAUCAAAGAAGACCUUUUCCAUCUUGCAAGCACAAGUCUCUCAAGUGGUACAAUAUCAGGAAAGCAGAUGCGUCAAUACAUUGUUAGUGUUUUCACCAGAACCACAUCUGAGCUUGGCUCACCCCUGCUGGUUGAAGGCCUGGCACUUUAAAGACUUCCUGUGAGGCUUUUGUGUACUUUACUCAGGAAAGUGUAACUCUUUAAAAAAUAAGCACAUGAUUUUGCAAUUCACGAAUUCUCUUUUUUAUUCCUUUAACCACUUCUUUGUUGAUAGCCGUAAGGUGUCCAGGAGCCUACACAAAGGAACGUGCCCAGGAGUCAUGGGAGAACAGUUGGGUGGACACUUCCAAAAGCUGAUGAGACCCUUCUGAGGAGCCUCCACCAAUGUGGGACUCCUGGGGUCCCCUUCCUAACACUGUCAUUAGCUAGUAGGCUAGAUGACACCCACCCUGAAAUCCUCCUGCUCCCAUUUUGGUGGAGAUUUCAGGAGAACUGGUUUUUUCCUGCAUUCUGUCGAAUCUGUAUAAAAAGUACCUAGGCCCUGUGUACACUUUUACAGAGCCCUGCCAUUAGAAAGGAAGAUUUCUAAGGUAGGGAGCUCAGUGUCUGUUCUUUGUUUGAAAAAUUCUGAUUCAUUAUCAGAUUUUAUUUGUGUUUUAUAAUUGAUCGUAUCAGAGACCCAAGUUGUAUGGAGUUGAUCCCACAGUUAUAAAAAGCAAAUACCUCUUUCUUAGCUUCUUAAAGCUCUUACAUGUAGAGCAGUAAGCUACAAAUGCCCUCAUGGAAGUGGAAAUUCAUUCAUUUUAGGGUGGGAAGAAAAAAGGGAAUCCAUAGAAAAAAAACUCAGAACUGACCAUAUCCAUUUGCUUCCUUAAGAAUGUUAACAGCUUAAGAAAGUUAAUUCCGCUUACAGAAUUUCCCAAAUUUUAGGUCACUAAAGAAAAACUCUUCUCUGAGAAAUAUGCAUACAUUUGUUCAGAUCUUUACCUAAAUGUAAGUUUAAUAUAUUUUCAGUUUAUGUAAAUUUUGUUUCUGUGGUAUUUUGUUUUGUUUUGCUUUUUGUAGACUGCCCUGUGCAAUUAAAAUUCCUGCUU